AUGCUGCUCUGGGUGUUCUUCCUCCUGGUCCUAACCCUCAGCAGUGGUCCCCACUUCUCCUCGCCCUCCCCGACCCUCAGGGUGCCACGGUAUGCAGACGCCAUCUUCACCAACAGCUACCGGAAGGUGUGGGGCCAGCUGUCUGCCCGCAAGCUGCUCCAGGACAUCAUGAGCAGGCAGCAGGCGGAGAGAAACCAGGAGCAAGGAGCAAAAGUACGGCUUGGCCGUCAGGUGGACAGCAUGUGGGAAGACCAAAAACAAAUGGUAUUGGAGAGCAUCCUGGUGGCCCUGCCGCAGAAACACAGGUAG